AUGUCCGAGAUGGAGAAGUUUAAUUUAAAAACGGCUUUGAGUUUAUUACCAGUAAUGAAAGAUGAUAUUAAUGAAAUUCAGAAUUUAAUUGACGGUAUUGAAUAUUAUCAAUCGCUUCUCGAUAACGAUUCAAAAAUGAAACUGGUAACCUUCGUCUUAAAGAGUAGGCUUUCUCAGUCAGCUAAACUAAAGCUGCUACCAGAAUAUACUACCGUUGACGCUUUAAUCACGGAUAUGAAAAAUGAACUUUUACCAAAAAAGUCAGUGCCAUGUUUACAAAAACAACUUUUAAGUAUAAAACAAAACGAAAUGUCUAUCGAUGACUACGGUAAACAAUUAGCAGAAAUGUUUGUCGAUCUUACUUUGUCCCAGGCGGGGGAUAAUGCCGAUAAUUAUAAGGUAUUGCGACCCUUAAAUGAACGCCAGGCUAUUCAGAGCUUCGCUGAUGGGCUGCGAAAUCGCAGACUCAGCACUAUAAUCGCUGCAAGGAAUUUUACCACCCUAAAAGAUGCAGUUCAAGCUGCCAUCGAUUACGACCGCUCCACUCCAAAGGCCCAUCAUCCUCAUACUCUAGGGGACACCGUGGCAGGUCGUACUCAACACGCGGCCAUCAAACGGCAAGGUACGGGUUCAGUAGCCGACAGCGAGGUACGGGACGUGGCUUCCAACCUGCGGCUGCCCGAGGAGCAACGAGGCCUUACCAGCAGAAUAGAGGUAGGUCCCAAUUCUAUUCCAACAGAGCUAGGAACAACGGGAUACGCAGUCAACAGCAAGUACAUGUAA